CAGCACCACCACAACAAUCGCCUGCAAAUUCAUGGAUGUUUAGUCCCAACUCUCAACAAACUGCCUUCUCUCUUCCCGAUCAUGUUUCAAACUCAUCUUACGCCACUUUCACUGGACCCCAAAGCGUCCCACUGGGAGGUGCAGUGCCUGAGGAUAAGGCUCUUGUUCCUAAUAGCGGGGGGGAUGUCGCGUCCAAGCAGUGAGUAGUAGCAUUCGGGAAGUUCGUUCCUCAGUAGAUCAGCUUGUUCACAUGCCGCAUUCCUUUCUCAGAGCUGCACUGCUCAACGAAAAACGACGACGCAGACGCGAGUCUCAUAAUGCCGUUGAACGUCGACGGCGAGACAACAUCAAUGAGAAAAUUAGCGAACUUUCUACUCUUAUCCCCGAUUGUUUGCUUGUGGAGCAGCAGCAGGGACCAUCAGCGGGCGGAAACGGGAACCCGGGAGUUAGCACUUUUUCGGCUGAAAUUUCGACGAACGAAAUGUCUCCCGAAAAUUUGAUAGCUGGUGGCCCAGGUGGAACUAAUGGCGACGAGGAAGCGAAUGCCAUUCACAAUGGAAUGAAAGCUAACAAGGGUGUCAUCCUUCGGAAGAGCGUUGACUACAUUAGGUAAGGGUUGAUAUUUUUUUAUUUGUCAAGACAUUUUUUUUAUCUCGGCUACCCUUGUUUCAGAUACCUGCAGCAACUGGUCCGCGCGCAGUCCUCGCGGAACAAG